AUGGCUUCUAUAAAAAAUGAAGAAAUGUUGGACGAACUUGCAGUAGAGUGUAUGGAUUUACAAGUUGCUAUAGCAGAAGAGACAAAUAGAUCAAAGCAAAAAUCAUUAAUCUUAAAAUCCAUCGACAUAAUCUGUUCCACCAAUAAAUUUCAAUCUAUUCCCGAUUUUCAAGAAGGACUUGAUUGGUUUAAUGUUUCGAAGCCAUUAACAUGGAAAGAACACUUAACCGGUUCUUUGGUUCUUAUUGACUUCUGGACUUAUUGUUGCAUCAACUGUUUGCAUGUUCUACCACAACUUCAUCGUUUAGAAAAGAAAUUUACUCAAGAAGAUGGACUUGUCAUUAUCGGAUGUCAUUCAGCUAAAUUUACAAAUGAAAAAUCGAGUGAAAAUGUCAACGCAGCUAUUCAACGUCAUGAUAUUCAACAUCCCGUAGUUAAUGACUUAAAUAACGCUAUGUGGUCAACAUUAAAUAUUCAGUGUUGGCCUACAUUGCUACUGAUGAGUCCAACAGGUGUACCAAUUUAUUUAGUGAUGGGUGAAGGGCACUACGAUGAAAUCGAACUGGUCGUAGGCACUUGCAUCGAAUACUUCAAAGAGAAGCAAUUGUUGAUGCCAAAACCACUUCCCAUCAAGCCAUCAGCAGCUCCAUCGAGUCAAUUUGAAUUGAAGUUUCCUGGAAAGAUUCAAUGUUCAAAUUAUGAUUCAGCAGAUUCUACAACUGAGUCACUCUUUGCCUUAUCAGAUUCUGGUAAUCAUCGAAUCAUCAUUUUCAAUUCAUCUGGUAGUGUUGUCCAUAAAAUUGGACAAUUUGGUGUUGCGGGCUAUAAAGAUGGAACAUUUGAUGAAGCAAAAUUUAAUUGUCCACAAGGCGUUGCUUGGCUUGAUCAGAAAACUUUAUUUGUUGCUGACACUGAAAAUCAUGUGAUUCGAAUGGUCAUGUUGGAGCAGAGAAAAGUUCAGACGAUCAUUGGAAGUGGCGCUCAAGGAACAGAUGUGAACGGUGGUAAUUCACCACUUCAACAAGCAAUUUCCAGUCCUUGGGACAUUGUCGUUUACAAAACAAAGAACAUGGACAUGAGUUUUCAUGAAGACGACAGUCAAGUACCACAGAAAGUUGUUUUGGUCAUUGCAAUGGCUGGAACUCAUCAAGUGUGGGCUUAUUUCUUUGAAGAAACGAUUUGGUGGCGUUAUCAAGUUCAAAACGCGAAUACAGUUGUCCCAAUAGCUGGUAAUGGCGAAGAAAGAAAUCGAAACAAUGAUUACCCGAAACAAGCUUCAUUUGCACAACCAUCUGGUCUUUGUCUUGUUCGAGGCACUGAUGAAGUUUUCAUUGCUGAUUCUGAAUCAUCUUCAAUACGAAAAAUGUCGCUUGUAUCUGGAAAAGUCUCUCCAGUUGUUGGUGGAGCUAACAAUCUAAUGAAUUUAUUCGCAUAUGGUGAUGUUGAUGGUGAAAAAUAUCAAGCGCGUCUUCAACAUCCUCUUGGUCUUGCACAUCAUCCGACAUCAUCAUCCAUCGUCUUCGUUGCUGAUACUUUCAAUAAUAAAAUCAAAAGAAUCAACAUUCAAUCAAAUCAUAUUCAAACAAUGGCAAUAACUGACGAAAUUGGUGGAUUGUUGACGUUCAAUGAACCUUCGGGACUUUGUACAACGCCAGAUGGUUCACAUUUAAUUGUUUUAAACACAAAUAGUCAUGAGUUAAUUCGCAUAAACUUAUCAACGCUUGUUGCAAGUAAAUAUCAACUUAAGUGGCCUUCAGAGAAGAUUAAUCAUGUUACUGGCCCACCAGCAAAUGUCACGAUGGUUCUGGUACCUAAUGGAAGGCACUUUCAGAAAGGUGUCGGCCGUUUCGAGCUUCCAAUUGCAUUAAAUCUUCAUGAAGGUGUAAAACUAACACCUGAUGCACCUCAGAAGAUUCAAUCUUAUCUGACACGUGGAUGGAAAUUUGAUCAUUUUGAUACGCAAAAGCUUUUAAAUGAAGGGCGGUCGAGCAUUUCCGUGAAAAUUCCGCCAGGAACAAGUGAAGGUGAAGUCACCAUUCACUUCAUUCUUCUACUUUGCGAUGAGAAAGACUCGUCAUGUUUUAGAAAGGAAUUUGGUGUGAAAGUUGACGUUAAGUUCAUCAAUGGAUCAAUGCCCGACGCAACAAUCUACAUUGGCGUAACGAAGAGUGAAAUUCUGAUUCGCUGAUGAAUAUUUUUACCUUCAUGAUUGUAAUUACAAAAAAUGGUUUGGGACUUUUAUUCUGGGUGAUUUAAUAUUUAAUUUUUUAUAUCUGUCAGCAAUUUGAAUAAAUAGAAAAAAAAUUAA